AUGUCAACUAGUGGAUCUUUUAUAGAGUUGAACUUCAGCUCUCAAAAGCUGAAUGACUUAUUGCAGUUGGAGAUUGUCGACGAACUUAUAUAUAGGUCAACUUAUACAUGCAAGACACGGUCAGUUGGUAUUUACGGGGGACAAAUAAUUAGCCAGGCGAUGGCAGCCAGUGAUCAGACCGUAGCAACUGACCGAAUGAUUCACAGCGUACAUACAUAUUUCAUUCUCAGUGCACACGAAAACCACAUCCCUAAUUACACUAACUCUCUGAAAUUAGGCGACAACCAGAAGCCAGUGGUUUACCACGUGGAGAAGGUUCGAGAUGGCAGGUCCUUCACAACUCGCCUGGUCAAAGCCAUUCAAAACGGACGACACAUCUUUUCAUGUAUGUUGUCCUAUCAGAAGCCUGAAGAGUUUGCUUAUUUUCAUCAAAUUCCCAUGCCAAAAGUUGCACCGCCUGAAUCUUUGCCUUUGUACGAAGAAGUACUUAAGAAAACUCUCAAAGAUAACAGAGUGACCGACUUUCAGCGCGCAUUCAUAUCCCAGUACAUAACAGAGGAGUCAUUGUACUUCGUGAAGCCAGUGGACGACAGCUGGAUGAGUUUCUUCAUGGAAGAUAUGGGCAGGAGUGACCCAGAAAAACAGAACCUCCACCGCUGGUUAGCGGGCUACAUAUCCGACUCCUACCUACUGCAGACGGCCCUCAUUAAGUUGCCCUGGGGUCAGUUUUACCCCACCAUGAUGUGUUCCCUAGACCAUAGCCUUUGGUUCCAUUGCGAUUUUUUGAUUGAUGAUUGGAUGCUCUAUGAAAGUCUCUGCCCCAGAUACGAGGGCAAUAGGGCUUUGAUAUAUGGCCGCAUGUGGAAGAAAGACGGUGCUUUGGCAGUAUCCAUGGUCCAGGAGGGGCUUCUAAGAGUCAAUUCUAUGCUCUGA